AUGGAGCCUGCGAGUGCUUUGCUAGCACGACCCUUACCCACCCUAACUCAAAAAAAUGGCACCCACUGUGUAUCGGACUCUAGGACUGUCAUAUCCAUGACGCUAUUCCAUGAAUGGACCUCCUUUAAGCGCGAGGUCAACAAUGCAAUUCAGCGCGUUGAUCUCACUCAUCCUGUUCCGUGUACGAAUGAUAAUCUCGACCAGUACGUUGUCGGAAGUAAACUUGGGCUUACGGGGCGGUUUUCAAAGCAUGUCUGCGAUGCCGUCUCCCUAGCGUGUAGCUCCGCCGGCCUACCUUUACAAUUCGGUGAUCGGCAAGCCGGGCUACCUUCAACCGAAGUGACGCCUGAUAUGGUUCUACUUACAGCGGAUGAAGUCCGGAAGACGAUUAUACCAAUCGAACUUAAGACAUUCUGGACCGUACGACUUGAUAUUGCCCAAAUCGGCACUCACUGGUCAAAUCUCCUCUCGCUACAAUCUUACCUUGGCCAACUUGUGGAGCAAAUGAGAGAUAACCAUACCGUUUAUGGCAUUUUGUCUACCUAUCGGUACACCGUCUUUGUGAAACGGGUGGAAGAUUACCGCUUCGAAAUGAGUAAACCAAUAUCGUCGACUGCAACUCAGCCAUCUCUUCGACAAUGUAUCAUGGCCACUGCUGUCAUCGCCGCUGAAGACGGUGUUUACUAUGAACCGGACGAUUUUGAUGCACGAAAGCUGCAAACUAGCAGCGGUCACCAAGCUUCGACCCGCGCUUCCCAUUACCGCCUCCAGUCUAGCUCGAAUAUCGUUGCCAUAGACAGUCCUCGCAUGCCCGUCACAUCCGAGACGAUUUUCUAUGGCGACAGUGGCCCGGUCGCAAUGGACUCAGUCGAGGUGACUAACACCAUCCGAAGCACCAAGACUAAAAAAGUCUUCGAGGUCUGUUGGCAUGGGCGUCUAGCAAUCGCCAAAUGGUGGGCAACCUCCCAAGUUCAAAAGUUCAUCAAUGAAAAGGUCACAUACGAGAUGAUAUACGAAACAUGCACCGGCGGUUAUCCCUUCUUUGCUUCCCCUCUCGCAGCAGGCGAGGUCCGGUGUUCAUCGAAGUGCCCGGAUGGCUACAUACUAGUCAUCACCAAAGUGAAGGGCGCUUCAUUGGAAAGGAGAUGGGCGAAGAUAUCUGCGAACAACAGAGAGUUCGUAUACAACCAGGUUCGGGCUGCGAUAGAUGUUUUCAGAACCGUUGGAAUGGCCUGGGCCGACCCCGGCAUGCAUAAUAUUCUCUUUGAUGAAGAUGCACAUGGCCCUUCUGUCACAGUGGUAGACUUCGAGCACCUCCAGUUGCUUGAAGGUGAACGACUGACAUCCCGACCAGAGAUGACAUUCAUAUUCGGCGGGCAACUCGUCAACCAGAGAGACCCCAGUCGAUACUCUGGCGGCUGA